UGGAUUUUCAUCAGUUGCAACCGAAUCCUCGCGUAUGACGGCCGGUUUAGGGUGAGCUUCCGGGCUACGACACAACGUCGACGCGUUUGCUCUGCUUUCGAGGUACUGGUGGUGGUUCUUCGAGCCGGAUUGCGGGUCGGAGGUCGGUCGGUUUCACACUUUUUUCACGCGGAGCCUAAAAGAGGGGUGGCCCGUUUUUUGAGGUGUCGCAGUGCUGGUCUUUUGUCGUGUCUUUUGGACCAGAAUCUGUCAGGACGGAACCCUCGAUUGUUGUUGUUAUUGUUUUCGUUAUUGUUAUAGAAGUUUUUUUUCUGUUUCGGUGCCGAUCGAAAGACCACUUUUGGGUGGCGGUGCCAAAAGGAAAAGUACCACGCCCCUUGCGCUGAAGAGUUUUAUGGAAAUGGCACGACGAUGGCAGUGAUGGUUUCGGCUACGGAUGGAAAGGAAGAUUGAAGAAGCCGAUCCGAUGAUGCCUUCCACGAAGAAUGGGUCAAGAGGGUUCUGUUUGAAGCAGCCGAAAAUCCACCAGACGAAGAAAAUGGAAUAUGAAAAUCGCGCGUCCCAUUGAUUUGUAAGGAGCUGUGGGCUUUCAAGCCGGGGGUAACAGCUGCUGUCAAUUGCAGGUUGUUUAUCCCACUUUCCACAAACCCCACAAAAAAGAAGGAGGGAGGGAUGCUUUAAAAUUUCCAGCGAAAAAGGUGGUUGGAUUUGGUGCAAAUUGUUAUGGUUUGCGGGAGGGUGAAAAUUGCUUUCGGGAGUUUAUUUUCGAGGUCAACAACUCUGUGAUAUCACAACAAACAACAUCACCCAGAAUCGUUCCUUUAACCUGAACCGGGGAGAAGGCAAAUAAUCAACUCAUUAAGCGAGGACGAAUGGAUUCAUCUGUUACUUUUACCAACAACAACCGGUAGAAAACGAAGUGAAAAUUAAUCAAAACCCCAAACGUCAACAAUGAAUGGAGGAGGAAACAGAUUGCCGGGGGUGGUGUUCCGUUUCUUCCGGCCACGGAUUAUGCUUUGGAUUGUGGCCGUUCUGCUCGAAGAACUAGGUCAGGCCCUGGCGCUCCGGUUGACCGAUAUCAACGUGCCGGAAAUAGUAGACUACCGGACGACGGUGACACUUUCCUGUUCCUACGAUUUGGGCGAACAUCAGCUCAAUUCGGUCAAAUGGUACAAAGGGAAUCAGGAGUUCUAUCGGUUCGCCCCGAUGCUAUCGCCCCAGGUGAAAACUUUCCCGGUGGAGGGCGUGGUGCUGGUCAACUCCGGCUAUCUGAGUCCGGAUGGGGGUGAAACGUUCUGCAAUCAGUACCUGUGCCAAAUCCGGCUGACCAAUCUGGAGCGACGCUCGGCCGGGGAAUAUCGAUGUGAGAUUUCCGGGGACGCUCCCAAGUUUGCCCUUGCGAAUGGAAGCCGGAACAUGACGGUGGAAGCACUGCCGCAGCACAAUCCCAUCAUCAGUGGGCUGGCAUCGACUUACUAUCCGGGCGAGGUGAUCGAAGCCAAUUGCACCUCCGAUAUGGCCAGCUUGAAUAGCAGGCUGUACUUUUUCGUCAAUGAGAAGGCGGUCCCCAUCGAAUAUCUGCAACCGCUGCAGGAAACGACGGCCGAUAUGGACAACUUUUUGCUCAAAUACCGUACGCUGGAGAUGCAUCUUCCGGUUGAUCGAUUAUUCCCGAAAGGAGUGGAUCGGACGGUGUUGCAUAUCAAAUGCAUAGCGGCCAUCGACAGUCUGGGGCUGGCUGGGGGUCGCGAAUCAACCACCGUAGUCGUGGUUCAAAACCAUCGAUGGUCCUGGAUCAUUGGCAGUCUCAACAGUUCCAGUGCGGCCCCGAGCCAAUGGGACUUCCGGUGGCUGAACUGGAUCGGUUUUGGAUUUCUCCUAUUGCCAAAGCUGUUGGGCCUAUUUCAGCACAGCUCAGAUCAGUUACACGCCACAUUCUAGCACGAAUACAGCUAAGCACUAAAUCUAAAUUAUGCUGCACCAUACAAAAUACCAAAAAAUUUUUAAAAAAAUCAACAAAACCUGUGCACGUUCACUUCGAGAAUCACUACGAAACAGUCAGCAUCAAACUAGAAAAACUA